AUGUCUACUAGCAAGGCUUGCUGCUCGAUCCCUCCGAUCAUGGCGGAAGGGUAUCAGCCCAAGGGGGAAUACCGGACCAUCAAUGGCUUGAGAACCUAUAUCACCGGUCCUGAAACCGCGACCAAAGCCAUCCUAGUGAUCUACGACAUCUUCGGGUUCUUCCCCCAAACCAUCCAAGGGGCAGAUCUCCUCGCCACAUCCGGCUCCCAGAAAUAUCGCAUCGUCAUGCCCGAUUUCUUCCAGGGCCAUCCCGCCGAUAUCUCCUGGUUCCCGCCCCGAACCCCCGAGCACAAGAAGAAGCUAGCCGACUUCUUCCACACCACCGCUGCCCCGCCAUCCACCCUCGCGAAGAUCCCCGGCUGCGUGGCCCGCGCUACCGCUGAGAUCCCGGGGAUCCGCGCGUGGUCGAUCCUGGGAUACUGCUGGGGAGGGAAGAUCGCCGUGUUAUCGUCGUCGGGAGGAGGAGGAGGAGGAGAGAACGAGAACGACAACGAGAACCCGCGGUUCCGCGCCGCGGUGCUCUGUCAUCCGGCCAUGCUGGAUCCGCGGGAUGCUCGCGCCGUGAAGGUGCCCAUGGCCCUGUUGGCCUCCAAGGAUGAGAACCCCCAGGAUGUCGAGGCCUUUGGCGCCAAUCUGACCCCGCCGCAUUAUGUGGAGACCUUUGCCUCGCAGAUUCAUGGCUGGAUGGCGGCUCGGGCGGAUUUGGCGGAUGAGCAGGUCAGCAGGGAGUACGAGAGGGGAUAUCGGACGGUGUUGGAGUUUUUGGACAAGCAUGCUUAG